UUUAUAGGUAACUAGGUGGAUAGUCAGGCAAAUAGUCUUGAAAUGAUAAAAUGGGGCUCGAGGAUUCCGAGGGGAGCCGUCACCUGCAAGGCUACGUCCCAUUGGCUGACCCCGCUGCCUGCAACACAACCCCGCGUCAACCACAGAGCUUACUGCAACCGCCCCUCAUAUAACAUUGCCCCUCUUCUGCGUAUUAAGCUAAAGCCCCUCUCUACUUUGAAACGGCUGCCUCAAUACAGAUUCCUCACAAUGAACACCGCAGAGUUGAAGAAUUACCUUGCGGAGUACGUAUUUCUGGCCCUUUCUAUGCCCCCCCUUUCAAAGUCCCUAGCUAAUGUUUCCUUAGUUCUCCGCCUAGUACUGUUAACCUGGCAAUCAAGCCCCAUUUCGAUGCCUUGUCAGACCAAGAAGCUCGGUAUGCACAUUAUAUCAGCAGGUAAAUACUCUACAGAUCCUCAAAAGUUUAAACAUCCACUAACAACCUUCUAGAUCAGCCUUCACUGGAACCAGGAUCACCCUCCGUCAAGUCUCCCCCGAAUCGGAAAGCAUCUUCGACUUCAUAAUCUCGCUCUACAAAAGCACCAAUGGCGAUUGGAAAGCCAUUCAGCAAAAAGCAGACAUCAGUGAUGAGGACCUUCAGCAUUUCCUGGAGUACUCUGCCCAAUUCUUGGGCAACUGUGGGAACUACAAGGGAUUUGGAGAUUCGAAGUUCGUUCCUAGGUGUGAGGAGAAGGCUUUUGAUGCUUUAGCUUCGGUUGAUCCAGAGGCAGAAAAGCAUUAUAAGGCUACGAAAGGAGCAAUCUUCGCGAGCAACAAUGAGGGCAUUAUGCAUUUAGGAUAUCCUGAGUCUGGACAUAUGACGACGUAUUAUCCGGAUUCGAAGGGUAUUACGAAGGUGGAUUUUACGAAUGUUUCAAAGUGGAUGGAGAAGAAGGGUCUUCUCGUUGUAAGUCUGAUAUUCCCUGGAACCAUUGUUGUCGUUGGAAUACCGAAAUGUGGUGCUGAUGUAUGACAGGAAAAUACUCGGCUGAGAAAGAACUCAGAUGGUAGCUUUGACCUUCUGAUUGCUUCUGCUGUUACGGAAGUACCUGCCGCCGGAGGUGAUAUUGGCAAAGAAAUCGAAUUUGAGCUUGAGGGUGGUCAGAAGCUUCGAUUAGUGUAUGGUGACCGUAAGUUGACUUGUUAUUUAUUUACCUAUCGAUUGGUAUCAAAUUUAUUGACGCUGAGACUUUUUAGACUCCAAGGAGAUGAAGAUUAUCACAGACUUCCACAAGAAAGCUGCAGAAAACGCAGCCAACGAGAACCAAAAGAACAUGCAACUUGCCUAUGCCAAGUCAUUUGAAGAGGGCUCGCUAGAGGCUUUCAAGAACAGUCAAAGAUUCUGGAUUCGUGACAAGGGACCAAUGGUUGAAUCCAACAUUGGAUUUGUCGAGACGUACCGAGACCCGCAUGGAGUUAGAGGGGAGUGGGAAGGUUUCGCUGCCACAGUUAACCUCGAGCGUACCCGCGCUUUUGGGGCCCUUGUUGCUGCUGCGGCGUCUAUGAUUCCAAAGUUACCCUGGUCUACAGAGUUUGAGAAGGACGAAUUUUUGAGCCCCGACUUUACAUCCUUGGAAGUUUUAUCUUUUGCUGGCUCUGGUAUCCCUGCUGGCAUUAACAUUGUAAGCUACCCUCCUGGUCCAUAACCUCUAAAUAGACAUUUGCCAUUGUUAACGCCUACAAUAGCCAAACUACGAUGACAUCCGACAAACCGAGGGAUUCAAGAACGUCUCGCUUGGUAAUGUCCUCAGCGCCAAGGCACCAAAUGAGAAGAUUCCAUUCAUUUCUGAAGCAGAUCUCGAAGUCUAUCAGAAGUAUCGUGAUCCAGCUUUCGAGGUUCAGGUUGGAAUUCACGAGCUUCUAGGACAUGGAACUGGUAAAUUACUACAGGAGACUGCUCCAGGCACAUUUAACUUUGACCAAUCAAACCCGCCUAUCAGCCCUAUCACCAACAAGCCAAUCACCACAUACUACAAACCAGGAGAAACUUGGGGAUCAGUUUUCGGUAGUAUCGCUUCAAGUUAUGAAGAGUGCCGCGCAGAGUGUGUUGCAAUGGCACUGAGCUGCGACUUCGAAAUCCUCAAGAUUUUCGGCUUUGGUGAUGGAAAGACCGAUAUGGAUAACGAGGCGGGUGAUGUUCUUUACGCAUCAUACCUCUCGAUGGCUCGAGCUGGUAUUGCCUCUCUAGAGAUGUGGGACCCCAAAAGCCGCAAAUGGGGUCAAGCACAUUCCCAAGCACGUUUCUCCAUCCUAAAGUGCUUUCUCGAAUCCUCUGAGAAAUUCUGCGAGCUCGAUUACAAAAACGAGGAUCUCUCGGACCUAACCAUUAAGAUCGAUCGUAGCAAGAUUCUCACUGCUGGACGCAAAGCUGUUGAGGCUUAUCUGCAAAAACUGCAUGUGUAUAAGUCCACGGCCGAUGUAGAGACGGGAACUAAAUUCUAUAAUUAUAUGACGGAGGUGGAGCCAGAGUUCUGGGGACAGAAGAUUCGCAAUGAGGUCUUAAGGAAUAAGCAGCCUAGGAAGGUUUUUGUGCAGGCCAAUACGGUGUUGAAGGGGGAGAAGGUGGAGCUGGUGGAAUAUGAACCCACGCUGGAGGGAAUGGUUAAGAGUUAUGCUGAGAGAGAGGUUUGAGGAGUUAGUAAAGAGAAUAGUCAUCGGAAGGAUUCACUGU